AGAGAUACACAAGAAUACAUUGUACGUUACACUUCUGAGACUAAGAAGUGUCUUUAUGAUUCUGAUGAAAACCCCUUGAUUAACAGAUCCGUAUGAGCUUUCGAACAAGUGUUUAGAUCACGUGCCACAUGUGUAAUGUAAACUUGCCCAAAACACCCCUCUCUAACGAAAUGUCUAUGGCCUCUUCCCCUCCCUGACUGACUAAUUUCCUUUUUUCCUCUACCCGCUAACUUCCGUUAACGUUGAUGGCUCCCUGGAUGCUGUUUGAUAUCUCUAUUUUCCGGCGUCCCAGCCGGCGCAAAGACGUAGUGAAUGGCUUGUCCCUUAUAGAAUCAAGUUUAAUAUGUCUAGAAGUGUUUUAAACUAAGGACUUUUUUAUAUUCAACGGAUACUUUCACGCCUGACGAGAGACUAAAGGAUGGCGUGCUGGCUUGAAACAUGCUACGUAGUGUAUGUGUGGACAAACUAUCCCAUUUAAAGUCCCCAGGCCUAAUGUGACGUAAUCAGCCAUUCGCCUAGGGCAGAUAUGGCUAUAUGUUGAUAGUCUCGUGGAAUUUCUUCGUGCGAAAUAACUUUCUGUACAUAGAUAGUCGUGAUUUUUUUUAUUAAGUAGUAGAUUAUAACAUGCAGAAAGCGCAACAACUAGAGAUUCCUUCGCCUUCUAGCUUCCUUAAACCACGAAAAACCGGAUAUUUGAGGAAGUAUAAUCAACGUACUUGGUUCCUUCCCGGCUCCUGGAAGCGAAGAUUUUGUGUUCUCGACGGAACGAAACUAUAUUUCUAUGAAAAUGAGGGAUGUAAGGGUACUGAAAGGUCAGCAGGCGUCAUUAGUUUGGACUACUACGAUCUCUGUUUCGAGGGUAGCACCAAGGAUAACAAACGAGCUCCAAAUGUCUUCAUUAUUUCUUCUUCCGUCCGGGGAUUCUUUGAUAUGCAGCAUCUGUUUUCAGCCGACACUCUACCGGAGAUGUCAGAGUGGGUCAACUUGAUUAAAGAAGCGAUUUCAGAUGCCAGAAGCAAGCGAAGCAGAGCUGGUCGUGCUCACGGAAAAGAUAAACGUAAGAAAGAGCCAGUAAGACCUCGGAGCGCUGACAGUAGUCCAGUUUUCAAGGUGACUACUAACCGACCUUCGUCGCACGGAACUCUGGAAUUACCAUCUGGGGGACGACUUUAUACACCAACCAAAGACAGAGACCGAGGUCCACGUGGCCGCCGACUUCCUCAACGGAAGACAAUGAUGACUAGGCUCGGAGAAGAGGGCGACCUACGAAUUCGAGCUAGUAGCCUGUCUGCUUUAGAAGAUGUUGAUUCCACCAAGAAUGAAUCCUGGUUGAAAUACUCGCCUAACAUUUCUGGCCCAAGACGAACAAAUAGCGGAACGGACCUAGCUUACCAAUACAGUUCCAGUGAAGACAGUGUCACGGAAGAAGACGUCUCCAAGACCGCUAGACAAGGUUUUCCAUACUCUGGAACUACAGCUUCGAGGUCCUCUACCUUAGGUCAUACACGCGGAUCUGGUAUGCAGAACGGCAGUCACACGAAGCGAACAGCCUCUGAUUCCAUCAGUGUAGCGAAAGACCCGACAAAGUUCCAAAGAAGGGUCGUUCCGAUAGGUUUGGGAUCAGAAAACACGCAGAUGAAUGCGCUUAUGAAAGAAAUGGAGAAAAAGAUUGCUUCAAUGGAAAGAAGUACUGCUAAUGAAGUAGGUUCUUCACAACGAAAUUCUCUAAAACAUCGGAUCAGUAGCAGUGACUCUCAACGAAGGUCUGGGUGCCAGAUAAUGAUUGAAACGAUUGAUGAGAGGUUGUCUUCAGUUCAAGUGGCUGUAGAUGCUCUUGAAGAAGAGGUGAAUGUAGCCAGGAACGACGUCAGCAACGUGCAACACCACUUGAACACUAUAAAAUCGAAUGCUGAAAUCACGAAUGAAAGAGUUGAGAAAAUCAACUCCCACAUCCACCAAUUAGACGACAAGAUGAUUUCUACGUUAAAGGAAACUCAAGCACUGUGUGAGAAAACCCGAGAGGUUUUGGAUGAUGCUACAAAAGCUAAGAAACAAUAUGAGGAAUUAAAAGAAGAAUGUCAAGUGUUACUGCACGAGUUAAAGCAACACGUUAAGCAUGAAUGACUUCCAUACUGUUUUCAGGAUGUUUAAGUAUAUCUGAUCAUCUUUGUUAAAACGAAGAUACCUUAACCUAUUUGUGAGAAGUAAAACGAUACCUUAACCUAUUUGUGGGAAGUAAAACGAUACCUUAACCUAUUUGUGAGAAGUAAAACGAUACCUUAACCUAUUUGUGAGAAAAGUUCCAAUACUAUUUUGCACCGAAAUAGUCGUCUGCAUGCUGUAAUAAGUAAGCUUUAACAUUUUCUGAAGAAACUUUACUAGUCAUUACCGUGCAGUAGUUAGUAUUUGAAAAUAAAUUAGUUUCAAAUCGAGUUUACGGAAAUAAAUAUACUACUGCUAAAACGUAUUUAUGUUCAACUUUUUUCACAGGAAUUAUCCUGUUAGAUUUGCAUUUCAUCAAGACUGGUGUAAACACCAAUGUUUUCUCGCCUUUCUUUUUGCGAUAAUAUUAAGAAAUGUAUUGUAUGAAGCCUUGAAUUCAAAAUACUGUUCAUUCUGUGAUACGUUUUCUGCUAAUCUCAAGAUUUAUAAUGUGCCAAAAAAAACUGAAGAAACUAUAGUUGUUUAAAACAGAUUCGCCACGUAUUGACUUAAGUAUGUGUGUAUUUACUUCCAUUCCUCUUAUACAAAAUACAAAUUACGACACUUCAGUUACUGUUUAAAUUGCUGUAACUAGUAGAUAUUUCAUUGCUAGUUAUUAUUACCUUGUGUGACUAUGUUCGGUAUCUCUUCUCUAAAGUUCUUUUAAUCAGCGCCACAGGACGGAACGAGCCAAUCUGUGUUAACUUAAAGAAUACGCCUAAUUAUUCAUUACGUGCGUACAGGUACGUUAGCAGAUCUACCGAUAUUACGAUGUUAUUCGUUUGACAUUAGAUAACAGUAUCAUUUCUCUUUCAACAAAUUUAAUUAUUUCAAUAUACUUAUCCUUAAGCCCAGCUAACUAAAAUCCCAUUAGUUGCACUAAAUAGUGUUAUUUGGGGAUUAAUUUACCUCCAAAAUCAUUGAUUCCCACAGCAGUUUAUUGUAAAACCAACUGUUUAGAGGAGGCUGCCUUGCUUGGUUUUCACAACACUUUGAAAUUAUACAAUGAUUUGGACUUACUUAAUGAAAACUGUUUUAAAAAUUUUCUCGUGGUAGUUGGCUACGAGUAUAUAUAAAUAUCGUCAAUUAAAAACAAUUAAAACAUUCCUUGCUGGUUCUUAUAGUAGUUUAGAGUAGAAAACUAGUUUCGGAGCUAAAAUGAAGGCUUAAAAUUAACUGUUGCCUUUACCUUCGGUGUUUAAUAUAUUAGCUACCAACGAAAUGUCAAAUAUAUUAUCAAGUAAGAAAUUUCAAGGUAGUAGUGAACUUUGACUUGUAUUUACGUGUAAGAUGAUGUUUGAUAUUACUUGUUUGUUUUGUUACCAAUCGCAUGAAAUCCAAUUUUUAAAGAUAUGAGCCCUCAGACUUAUUGUUGAAUCGCCACAUUUGUAUCAGGACCGUGCGCAGGAAUUUAACUUUGAUCGCUAUUGGGGGGGGGGGAGCAUAUUAAACUCACACAUAUUUUAUAUAAAGAUAUGUAUGUAUAUAUAUUAACCAUAUCUAUAUCACCAUACGCACAUACGUCGUAUGCAUGGAAAUAAAUAGGAUUACACUCACCAAAAUUACCGGGAGGGGUCCGGACACCUGCCUGCCUCUCUUGUACACGCCCCCUUAAAGUAUUUGUUCAGUAAGUGCUUUUAACUGUGUCACAUUAUCAAUAUGAAGUAGACAAAUAUGUAAUACAUUACUUGAUUUUCCUAUAUUAUUUUCACUUCAGGAAAAUAAAAAAAUAUAAAGUCAAGAAUUCUUGAGUGGGAGUGAAGGGUAAUAUAUUAAUGCAUGAGUUCACACUUUUUAACACAUAUUACAAAAUAUAUGAAAUAUUCCUUAGACCAUUACUCAUUUUACUUCAUCAUUUAUAUGGUAAAUUUUUGUUUGAGUCAGGAUUUGGAAAAAAAUAUUUUUUAAUAUGUUUAGCAUUUAAAACAGUCCUCCCCCCCCCUCCUUGAAAAAUGCAAUUGCAGAUCCCGUCAUGAUUUUACAGAAUUUCCCCAUUUUUCAAUAGCCAUUUGCUAGAGAACACUUCAAUAUGUUUUUAAGUUAGAACUAAUUAAAGUGAUUUAACAAUUACUAUGCGUUUGUGCAUGAUCCGCUACAUGGGUCUGUGAAGCUAUAUAUAUAUAUAUUCUAUCUUUCUCUGGCGAUUGUGGAACACUGAAUUCCAACACGUGCUAAUAAUAAGUUUCUUUACAGUGGCCUCGCAAGUUUGUAUAACACUGAUUAGGAAGUUGGAUUUAAUAAAUUUUAACAAUGUUUUCAAUGGUUGGAGUAUUUAGUUAUGUUUCGAGCUCAACUAGAUGGUUCAGGAACUGUGUUAAACUUUGUGAGUAGGUCUGGAGGAUCUGCCGCGGAACUGUGUUAAACUUUGUGAGUAGGUCUGAAGGAUCUACCGCGGAACUGUGUUAAACUUUGUGAGUAGGUCACAAUGUUUUUUCAUGGUGGAUCAUUAUUAUUAUUAAUUGUGAUUUUUAUCAUUUCUCUGUUUCAAGUUGCACUGUGGUAUGGUUUAGACACUCCUUUCUUAACCAUUGAAAUUAAAACAAAAACAAUUCUCUCAGUUCAAAUAUAAGAUUUAUGUGAUUUUUGUGUAUUUGUGAUGAGAAAUUUAAGUUGAUAUUGGUAUUAAUGUAUUAAAAAUACAUUUCUUUUUGUGGAACUUUUCCUUGAUUUAUGAUAUUGAGUACGAGUAAAAAAAAAUGUAACAUUACUUGUCAAAGUAGGAAAUAUUAUAUUUUCUUUUACUUCCAAUGCAAUCUUUGUCGUACAGCAAUUUUUAUUUUUGAUAACUUUGAAUACCAAAAAUACUGUAUGCAAAUUUCUUAAUGCUUAAAUGGAAUUAUAUACGAUGCAAUAAAGUUUCUUAAACAA